UAGUAUUUUGAGUAGUUGAUGUUACAUGCGGUAAUAAAUUUUAUCUGUAAAUAUACAGUUCGAUUUAUUUCAAAGCAGUUCGGUGCAUGGUGUCGCCAUUACUGUUUUAUGAAACUAAUCAUAAAACUUCAGAUGUCAAUGCGCAUCAGUACGGUGCGAGCCCGCCAUGAGUGCGUACUUGUAGAUUUAUUUUGGUUAUGUUAUGUUUUGCGUCAAAGAGCGUCAAGAAUGAAAGGACAAUUUGGAUUUUGCGAUCUGUGCGUUGAUCCUCAGGACUUUGACAAAGAAAAAUUGCGAGAAAUAUUCUCUGAACUUUAUAGAGUGGGCUAUGAAACUGUGGCACUAAAUCAAACGGUGGAAGAAGAGAUUUUUCAAUCAUCUAAAAAGAAGAAAAAGUCCGAGAGUAAAGGUGUACAAUGCUUCUUGCCAUAUCCUGUAGAUAUCCAGGAUCUUGUCGAAGAAUUUGUAGGCAGACUGAGAAUCUUCAGCAGACUGACUUUUGUGUACUCCGAUCCGGCAAAGACACACAUGCUGGGUCAGUCGCAGUCUUUGAAGCAUUACAAUCUAUAUGCUGUUGUUCCAAAGACCCAAGCAGCAUUUCAGUUUGCUUGCUCUCAGCUGAACGCUGACAUAAUAACUUUGAACACUUCCUGCUCUGGACUGAAGCUCAGCAAAAAGUUAUACUCCCAAGCCAUAGAGCGUGGAAUAAACUUUGAAAUACGGUAUGCAGAUUUGAUCAAACCUGCUACUAGAAAGUCAACAAUCUACUACUCUCACUUCUUCUAUACAUUUGGCAAGAGCAAGAGUGUAAUUAUGUCAAGUGGUGCUAGGGAUACGAGCGACAUACGAAAUCCAUACGACGUAAUAAAUCUUGGUCCAUUGAUGGGACUGGAUGAGACCAAAGCCAGAGCAUCCAUCGUAUCACAGUGCAGGCACCUUCUCUUGAAAGCUGAAGGAAGACGUCACGGUAAGGCAAUCUUCGUGAAUCAAUUGCCCAAUACAAACGAUGACACAGACGAGGAUACCAGCGAGGAUUAUUCGAGCACAAAGAAAAUCAGGCUCUAAUUAUUCAUUCGCUUGUUAUUAGACCUUCUUUGUUAUCCCUUUUAUGUAUUAUAUAAAGUCAGACAUCUUGUCGGGUGGUCCAACCAACAGCCGCUUCGUCAAUUACAAAUACAUUAUUGCAGCAUUUAGUUAGCAUUGACAGCUCUCAUGAGUUUUUCAUUA